AUGGACUUUGAGACGGAUCCUUGGAGGGUUGACUCUCCAGAGGUCAAUGUCAGUGAGACAGUUUGGCAACCUAUAAAUAAUUCUAGCAAUGGCAACAUGAAACCAUUUAGUAGCAGCUCUCUACAAGAAGAGGCAAAUAAACGUUUGAACGAUGAUUACACGGGCACUGGUCUGUUUAACAAUAAUCUUAAUGUUUCAAAUGACAAGCCAGCAAUAGGAUCGGAGUUGUAUGCUGGAGAUAGCGUGUGGGAAAAUACUGGUUUUAAGGCAGUAAAUCAGGAUCCAGAUGUACAAGGAUUAACCCAUUUCCAGGCAACUGAUACGCCUCAGUAUGCGGCUAAUGACGAAUAUAGAUCAUGGGUGGAAUCUAUCAGGAAAACCUACUCGCCUCUUUCAGAUGACAUUGUUGUUGUGGAAGAGAUUCCCGAAAGGGAGGGAUUGGUGUUUAAACAUACUAAUUACUCUAUCAAGCAUCUAAUUCCCUUGCCUGGUACUGAUCCUUCCGAAGAUAGAACAGUUGUAAGAAGAUAUUCAGAUUUCGACUGGUUGCAAGAUGUACUAUUGAGAAAGUACCCCUUCAGAAUGAUCCCCGAGUUACCACCUAAGAAGAUUGGCUCUCAGAAUGCCGAUCCACUAUUCUUGGCUAAAAGAAGAAAGGGCUUGAGUAGGUUCAUAAAUUUAGUGAUGAAGCAUCCAAUUUUAAAAAAGGAUGACUUGGUUCUCACGUUUUUAACGGUUCCCACCGAUCUUUCUAGUUGGCGAAAACAAGCCCAGUACGACACUAGUGAAGAAUUUAUGGACAAACGUAUCUCUGGUUACUUUAUGAAGCUGUGGAGAAAAGAGUUUUCAGAACAGUGGAACAAGACAGACGAGAAAAUAGACAGUGUUUUGGAUACAUGGGUCAAGGUUACUGUAUUGGUUGAAAGAUAUGAGAAAAGAAUGAAACAAGUUGGACAUGAAAGAAGGUUGAUGAGUAACAUUUUAGGAAAGAUUCCAGAAGCCACCCAAAUAUUAUAUCCUCAAUCAAGUGAUACAGUUUUACAAAUAAAUGAAGGUGUAGAAUUACUUGCUGGACACUUAAAUGCAUGUGCAGAUGUAAUUGAUCAAGAGAAUAGAGAGGUGGAAGAAGGACUUUCCGUAAGAUUCAAAGUGUUUAUUGAUGUCAUAAUAGCUUUAAAGGGCCUUUUUGAAAGAUAUAAAAUGAUGGCUGGGAACAACAUCCCACAAUUGCAAAGAAGGGUUGAGAUUAACCAGGAGAAACUAACAACUUUAGAAGGUAAUCCUAAUGUAAAGGGUGCGGAGUAUGAUCGUGUUAAACAAAGUAUUGCCAGAGAUAAGAGGGGUAUCAUAGAACAAAUGAAUAGAAGUUGGUUGAUUAGAGAGUGUAUAUUACAAGAAUUUACCAUAUUUCAAGAAACCCAGUUUUUAAUUACUGACUGUCUCCAAAGAUGGAUCGAGAUAAACCUAAGGCACUCUAAUCAAAAUGUUGAUAAUUGGGAAAAAAUAUGUCAGAAACUUAGCGAUAUGCCUAUCGAGAGGAGAUAA